AUGGGCCGCCAUUUUUUCGACAUGUGGGCUUCUAUGCAGUUCGCUACCCAUGUACAUAUACCUUGCCUCCCUGCGCUGCUGCGGAUGUUAAAAGGAUUACAAACGUUACGAGGAUUCGCGUCUUUUUUGCGAACGACGAGCGGUCGCUCAAGCUGGUGUCUUCUCAGCCCCGCCACAUACUCGCCGGAAAGGCUACUACGAAGAGCGUUCGGCCUCCUGACCAUGUCUGGCAGCAAGCCCAACGUCGUGUUUGUGCUGGGACCCCCGGGCUCUGGGAAAGGCACCCAGUGUCAGAAGAUUGUGGAGAAAUUUGGCUACAAGCACCUGUCGGCGGGGGAGCUGCUGCGAGAAGAGCAGCGCACGCCGGGUUCGGCGUACGGCGAGGAAAUCGCAACGCACAUCAAGAACGGGACCAUCGUUCCUGUGGCCAUCACCUGCAGUCUCCUGGACAGGGCCAUGAAGAAGGACGGGACCAACAAGUUCCUGAUUGACGGCUUUCCCCGCAACAAGGACAACCUGGACGGCUGGAACGACGAGAUGAGCGGCAAAGUCCACCUCCAGUUUGUGCUCUUCCUCGAGUGUCCCGAACAGACGUGCGUGGAGCGGUGUCUAAAGCGAGGCCAACAGGGCAGUGGCCGCACCGACGACAACAUGGAGAGCCUCAGGAAACGGUUCCGCACAUACACCGAAGACACGCUGCCCAUCAUUCAGUACUACGACAAGAUGGACCUAGUCAAGAGAGCAGACACCAGCAACAACGACCCGGAUGAGGUCUUCAAGGGUGUUGCAAAACACUUCGACUGCCUCUAGACUCUGUAGCCGGCUUCAUCGCUUGUGUAUAACCUCUGCAUCUGGAUGGAAUUGUGGAAGCUGAAUAUGCACAAUUACUGAAAUUCUUUUUUUUUUUUUGGUUCGCUUUGUUUUAGUUUUGUUUAACAUGCCAAAAACCUUUUCUUUUUGAAUUUUUUACAUGUGCACUCUUCGGCUAAAGCUUUCGGUGUGUCAUUGUCAAACCCAGGAACUGCAUUUGCUGCGUGGCAUUGAGCCCUUGACCUUUGAAUCUUUUCGCUUGCCCAUACAGAGUUUAUAUUUUUUAGCGGGCUUUUUAAGCCUUAAGUUUUUGGAAUGACUAUACAUCUAAAAUGUAGUAUAAUUUCUAUCUGAAUGACUGCAUUAGUGUAGAAUGUUUUCAGGAAUUGUACUGGACGGUAAUUUGCGAGUGUCAAAAAUAUUGAAGACUGGCCUCCAUACAGAGUGUUUCUUUAAAGCUUUACAGAUUUGAUUAAAAAAAAAAUCCGUGAAAGCUACACUUACGCAGUUUUAGCAGGUGAGUUAUAUGGCCAGGGGGACAUAGUAUAGAGGGCUAACCGUAACGAUGGGUCGGCCAUUCAGAAACUUGCUAAGUGUCAUUGAAAACCACUAAGUCAACUGUUUAGGAAGAUAUAAGACAGGGGCAGCAUUUUGGGGCGUUCUGUAAAAACGCUUGAUUUCGGCGCAUUUCUAGGUUUCGGAUUUUUAUCGGGGCACAUCUCUGCGCCCACGGUCCUGCUCCCCAGUGGCUGAGACACUCAUCACGCGUACGCCAUACUUCUCUCCACCCUGCAAGGGGGGCAAGGGGGUGUCUUUGCAUCUCGGCCAUUGGGGAGCAGGACCGCGGGCACACAGAUGCGCUCCGAUAAGAAACCGAAACCUAGAAAUGCGUCCAAAUGGAGCGUUUUUACUGAAUGCCGUAGAAUGUUGCCCCUGUGUUAUAUCCUUCUAAACCGAGUUGAUUUAGUGGUUUUCGAUGACGCUCAGCAAGUUUCUGAUUGGAACCACAUGUCUAUUUUCACUAAUUAAAAAGUUGAUUAACAAAUUUUACUUAAUUAGCUGACUGAUCAUUACAAAUAGCCACAUAUACUUUGUCCCCCUGACUGUAUAACUCACCUGUACAAACCGCAUAAGUGUAGCUUCAGUGGCUUUUUCUAAAAAUAAAUCUGUAAAGCAAAAGCACCCUGUAAAUGAGUAAUACGACAUUGAUUGAUAUUUCAAGACCAGACAUCGACAACUAUAACGGAACAAAUCAUGGAGUACUUACCGUGUUAAGGACGCUAUUUAUUACAAUAGAAAAUUUUUUCUACAUUUCUUGUUUAGCUGCUCCUAAAUUUGUUCCCCAAAGUAAUGUAACAGUAUUAAUGAACAUUUGGGAAUCAAAAUUUCCCGAUAAAAUAGUACUGUCAACCAAAAUAGAAGUUCAUACAAUGUGGAAUCACGUGAAUAAACCACACGCCCCUUUCUCCCAUGCUGCAAAGGCUGCACGCAUAAGCCCUUAGUCUCAAAAUGUAUAUGCGCACUUAGAAAGUCCUCGAGCAGUUGGGGUACUUUCCAAUGCUUCGAGCUUGCAAUUGCACAUGCACGCCGCACAUGCGUUAAAAUGAAUCGGAGUGUACAAUUUCUUUAGUUAAUUGAGAUUUCCGCUGCAGACAUCACGAGAUUAGGGUGCAAAUUUCGCACCUUAGGUUUUGUGUUUGUAGUUACGGUGACUGUCCCCGUACUUUGCGACGUAAAAUAAACACUCGCUAUUUUUGCAUAACGAGUUGCGACGACAUCUCCCUCA